AGGGGGUUUCCAGUGUGAUCUCUUCAGUCUCCCCGCUGCUGGAUCUCUGCUCUGGAUCCCGGACUGUUCUCUCACAGGACCGGACCGACAGAACCCGCAGAACCCGCAGAGCCCGGAGAACCCUGAGAACCCGGAGAACCCUGAGAACCCAGACCAUGCGGAUCCCGGCUGCGGCAGGUUGACGGUUUGAAUCCCGGACAGAGAACCGAGCCGCCGGGCUGACUGAGCUGUGGCCUGCGGAGGAGAUUCAUGUCAUGUCAGCGGGGAGGAGUGCUGACGGGAGGGAGGUGCAGAUUCCACUCCAGCAGGUGGCGCCCUCCCUGGCCCCGCCCCUCGCCUUGGCUCCUCCCAUCAGUCCGCCCCCUCACAGACCAGCCAAUCCCUGGCCUCCCAAUGAUCCCGCCCUCCCACCAGGUGUCCCUGCUGGCUUCCUUCCUCUUCAUGGAGGCUUCAGAGAUCUUUUUGUAGAAGCUCCUGAAGCUAAAUACUGCUGUGAGUCCUGCAGACUCGUCCUCUGCCAGCCCCGACAGACGGAGUGUGGACACAGGUUCUGCCAGAGCUGCAUCACAGACAUCCUCAGUCGUCCUAACCCGGUGUGUCCUGCUGACAUGGAACCGCUGUUCAAUAACAAGAUCUUCAGAGACGUUUGCUGUCAUCGGGAAAUCAUGGCGCUGAAGGUUUACUGUCGCAGUCAGAGCAACGGCUGUCAGGAGCAGAUGAGUCUCCAGCAGAUACCUGAUCACCUGAACGUGUGCCCGUUCUUCGAGGUUCCGUGUCCGUUGGGGAAAUGUAAAGAACGGAUGAUGAGGAAGGAAAUCCCCGACCACCUGAACCGCAAAUGCAAACACCGAGAGACCACCUGCGACUUCUGCAUGACCAAGAUGCCUCUGACCGACCUGCAGAAACAUAAGGAGACGGUGUGUCCGGCGUUCCCGGUGUCGUGUCCAAACCUCUGCUCCUUCAGUUCGCUGCCGCGGAGCGAGCUCUCCACUCACCAACACGACUGUCCCAAAGCUCAGGUGAGCUGUCAGUUCCAUCGCUACGGCUGCACCUUCAAGGGCUUGAAUCAGGACAUGAGGCAACAUGACUCCACCUUUGCAGCUGAGCACCUGAGAAUGAUGGCCAAUAGAAACGCUUCCUUAGAGAACAAGGUGGAGGAUGUUAAAGCUGACCUGAUGGACAGGUAUAAGGUGCUUCCUGCUCUCAGCAGUCGUCUCUCUGAACUCGAGAACCAGAACGAUGAGCUGAGAGAGAAGAACCGCCAGAUGGAGCAGAAACUGGCCACCAUGCAGAAACUGAUGAGCUCUCACUCAGAGAAGCUCCUGGAGGUGGAGAUCGAGCUGCGUUCUCUCCGUCAGCUCAGAGACGAGGUGGAGAACCUUCGAGGAACACUAGAGAACGUCCGGACAAGGCUGGCGACUCUGGAACAAGGAGGACGCAGUGGAACUGGAUCCACGACACACACUCUGGCGUCCAUGGAGACUCAGCUGAAUCGCCAUGACGACAUGCUGAGUAUGCACGAGAUUCGAUUGGCUGACAUGGACCUGCGUUUCCAGGUGCUGGAAACAGCGAGCUACAACGGGACACUGAUCUGGAAGAUUCGUGACUAUAAGAGACGGAAACAGGAAGCAGUGGCGGCGAAGACGCUGUCGCUGUACUCACAGCCGUUUUACACGGGAUACUUUGGAUAUAAGAUGUGCGCUCGUGUCUACCUGAACGGAGACGGCAUGGGCAAGGGAACGCACCUGUCACUGUUCUUCGUGGUGAUGAGGGGCGAGUACGACGCCCUGUUGCCCUGGCCCUUUAAACAGAAGGUCACUCUGAUGCUGAUGGAUCAGGGUCCAUCCAGGAAACACUUAGGUGAUGCCUUUAAACCGGAUCCAAACAGCAGCAGUUUCAGACGUCCGGUAGCAGAAAUGAACAUUGCCUCCGGUUGUCCUCUGUUUGUGUCUCAGAGUGUCCUUGAGACCGGCAGCUACAUCAAGGACGACACCAUUUUCAUCAAGGUUACCGUGGAUACCUCUGACCUUCCUGACCCUUGACUGGCUGACCUUGCUGGUCUGAGAUCAGAUCACCUGUCCACACCCCCAGAGCAAAGGAUGAUGGGAAGGAACAGUGAAGAUGGAGGCUGGUCUCGCUGAGAGCGAUGCCCACAGAACAGAAGAAGAAGAGACAGACAAGAAGCAGCCAAUCAGAGUGAACUUUACAGAGCCCAGAGGGUGGGUCCUCUUCUGAUUGGUUGAUGGACUACAGAACAGAGAGUGAUUGGAUCAGUGAUACUGUGACAUCACCAUGGUGACGACUCUCAACGCCAACAUGGCCGUUGGAGUGAGGACGUUGUUGUUCUUUACUGAUGCUGUGCAUCGAGCUUCCUGUUUAUAACCUGUUUACUAAGGCAUGCUGGGAAAUCCACCGCGGCCACAGAGGAGCUCAAAAACCAGUACAGACCAGUACAGUACUGCAGGAGCUUUUAAGAUCCACUACAACCCAGUAGAGAACAGUCGAAGCAGCAGC